AUGGACGCAAUUCGUAGAGUCCAGGACAGACUCGGCGCGGAAAUGCCCCAAAAUCCUACGCAACAAAAGGAACGGCUUCAGCCAAAUUUAUCAGAACGAUCCCAUGAUCCUGAUGCGCGAAAAUCAACGCAACAACCAGUACCUGAAUCGACAGCCAGCUUAACCAGUAUUUCGAGCGAGACGAAGCCACCCAUGAUUCACGGAGAAUCGCAGCUGGCGUCGAAGCAGGCUAGCCAAGACUGGCCUCGAAAGCUGCAUUCUCCUCGAUUCGCAAUAUCUGUCGACGUCUAUCAUCACCUUUUUGACCAAGUUCACCCCACAAACGAACCGCGAAUGGAUAUUUACGUUUGGACGUUUGUAACGAGAGACCUUAAGGCGGCCGCGGCAGGCGAGCUCAUCAUGUCAAUCCUACAACGGCCUGAUGAGUCGCCCGAAUCCUUCCCAAUGGACUUUUUACAUAUUUGCGAUACCGUGUACGAGCGGGCUAAGGAAGAGGGCCUCCUUUUGAGGAGAUGGAGGUUACUUACGCUUCACAAGCCGCUGUUCGGCCGAUCAACCUGGAACACCAUUGUAUUAGCCUUUCGCAACACCCCAAUAUCCGGACUCCAGUCCCUCAGAUUAGAUGAAGGCGUAGUUCCGCACUUUCAUUGUCAGGUUUUCAGCGAAGCCGAAGCAGCAGCUGCAAGGCAGCAUGGUAUCACCCGGCUUUCCCUCCGCCUGGGCAUAUCUUUCUGGUUCCCAUUCCCAUUGUUCGUCGACCGUGAUCGUGGAGAAAUUAAAACCUUAAAGCACAUGGACACCAGCAUUCUUGCUUCCACCUAUCCCCAGACGGUUAAGAUGACAGGGCUCAACGUCUUUAGGCGAGAGGUAAACGGCUCAGUGGUGUUGCAUGUCCCCCCAGACCAGGUUGACUGGUUCAUACAAGAAAUAUCCGAGAAGCAAAAAUCGUUUAAUGCUUCGCUACUCAUCCUGGCCGAGAUGCACGAUGCCUGCCAAGGUGUUUUGGUCUGGCUUCCGGGCCAACCAGCACAGAUAUGGAAUAUAGAUGCUCAUGGUAUGAAGGAUGUUGCAGUCAACUUUCUCUUGCUCUCCUUUAACCAGCCUACUGAGGAUGUUCGAACAACAGAAGAUGGACUGCUAAUAUUGUUAAACCCAAAGAGCACUGCCAGCUUCUUCCAAGCCGCCUGCAAUGGUCAACGACUGGUUCUAAAGCCUGGCAGCCAAACUUUCGAGCUGUCCUGGCCCCCUUCCUGGCCCGCUCCGACCUUCUCAAGUGCCAGCAGCACCCCGAGCUUGUGCGCUGUCCCUCAAGGCGGAGAAGCACUUUCACCCGGCCAUGUCAAAGUAGAUAUUCUCUUGCCUAACCUCUCGCCCCCGUCUACGGUCAAUUCUGAGGCUUUGGGGGAGUUUACGAAUAAAUUCGUGGAAGCUAUCGAGGCGGUGAUCCCGCCUGAACAGCCUCCCAUUGCGCCUGGAGGUUGUGGCAUACUCGCCAGAUUUCAGCUUCCAAAGGAGACCAAAAAAUCAUUUGGGAUAGAAGUCAUUUCCGCCCGACUUGAUAUGGAGACUCAAAUGCGUCUGGGCUACUGGGACCCGUUGGCCGGGAACGAGAUACAGGAUUUGACGAACAGAGUGCAUGAGAUAAUGGAUGGGUUACAGGCGCCAGAUGGCAUAGUAUAUGGAGACUCAUUUGAGUGGACAGUGAGGUUUGCUUGCUGGGGGUUUAGCUGGAAAAAUGUGCCUCAAGCAGGUCGAAGCCUGCGCUAA